AUGUUCGAGGUCAGCAAGGUUCGGCGGAAAAGGGCUCGAAGAUCUCGUGACAGGGUCUGUGCAGUUGAUGACUCUACUGUAACGAAAAUUUCCGUCACAAGUUUUGCGUCAAAAUGUGCCAAAGUGGUUGUUUAUCAGCCAAAGUGUUCAGUGGACCGUUCAUGCUCUUGUUUCAUCCUAUUGACACGUCCAACACAACUUGCCCUUUUCGGCAGAGCGAAAGUAAUGCACCUCUGUGGACCAAGCAUCCAUAUACUAGGUGGUACUAUGGAACCAAAUCUUUCCACUUCCUUCAAUGUAUUUUCUUCUACCUCGCACACACCUAUAUCAAUCAAGCAGUCGGAUGAUGCAGCUAAGGAAAAUGCAGCCACAAGACUUCUGUCUCUAGAGGUGAAACUCGCAGUUGAAAGCCUCUGUGAACCUGGUGACGCCUGCUCUAUUAUUGAAUCUCUUGUCGCUGAACUGGAUUCCUUUCAAAAUUCUGCUUCCGUUUUGCAUUUCAGUCCCUUUUCAAACCGCGUUCUUGAUUCCGUCACUGAAGUGAAGCGAUUUCGCUUUUUAUUUCAUUUGCCAUCAGAAGGCACAGUGCCAGGUAUCUCUUUAGCCCAUUCUCUUGGAUUUAAUUUUCUUGAGCAUGAUGGUAGCUUAGGCUACCAAGUCGUACCGGAGAUCUCAAAUAUUUCGGUAAGAUUUGGUAGCAUCUCAGUGGACAAAUCGUAUAAGAGGCAUGUGAAUAAAAUUCUGAUUUGUGGUCCGAAAGGUGCUGGGAAGUCGUCUCUCUUACGUUUCUUAUCAAACACAAUUCUUACGGAUACGAGCUGUCCUUCUGAAGAGCGGCGCGUUGCAAUACUUGAUUGUGAUGUUGGGCAGCCUGAAUUCACACCGAGUGGAAUGAUUAGCUUAUCACUUCUUAGACAACCACUAUUUGGGCCUCCAUUUACUCAUCUGUUUUCUGCUGAUAUGGAUAUAAUUCGUCAGUGUUUUGUCGGGAGCAUUUCACCUUCUGACGAUCCCAAUUUUACCUGA